AUGACGAGCCAGCGAUCAAAUGUGGCCCGAACGCCCGCGAAAUCGACAAAGGCCGCUGCGCCUACUUCCUCAGCCAAGCAGCGCUCAAUCGUUUCCUUCUUUUCCAAAGCUCCGCCUUCGUCUCCUGCUGCCGCAUCUUCCCCUUUGGCAAAGCCUUCUCCCACUCCCAAGCAAUCCUCAUGCUUGAAAGAAACUACGAAAGCCAACUCGCUUCCCAAAACCACGCCUCUAUCCAAGUCCAAGUCAACCCCAACCACAGCCGCGAAGCAAACCACACCCGUUCCUGACAGUGACGCCAUCGACCCCCCAAGCUCUCAGGAGAAUCUUGAUACAACCGUCAAGAAAACCGGCUCUAAAAUGGACCUCGAUGCCUUGCCCAGCAGUCCAUCUCGUAAGGUGAGAAAGGCUGUUAAUUAUGCCGAGUCCUCCGACGAAGAUGAGCCGUUCCAAUUCGGUGGCGCUUCAAGCGCACGACGACGACCAAGAGUUCGACAAGUCGUCAAGGAUGAGGAUGACUACGACGAAGAAGAAGACGAAGUUGUGCAGGAAGAUAGUGACACUAUGGAUGACUUUAUCGCAUCAGAAUCAGACGAAGAUGCCUCCCGAUCCAAGAAAAGGAAGCGCCCUUCGAAAUCAUCCGCCCCACGCAAGCGAUCCAACAAGUCGUCGCCUAUCCCUAUGCCCGACCUCGAUAUAAAGGACAGCAUUCCUGAAGAGGAUGAGCUGAUGGACGAUAUCGAGGCCUCGACUGCGUCUCAAUGGAGCUAUGACCCCAAAUCGGGCGAUAAGCAAGCAGUUGUCAAGCCUGCUGAAAGGCUUGCGAACAAGGACCCCAAGUUCAAGGAAAAGGCACACACCAGAGAUCCUGAUCAAAGAUAUCCUUGGCUUGCCAAUAUCAUGGACAAGGAGAGGAGGAAGCCUGACGACCCAGAUUAUGACAAGAGAACCAUUUACGUACCCCCUGCUGCUUGGAACAAGUUCUCUCCAUUCGAAACCCAGUAUUGGAAGAUAAAGCAGAACCUGUGGGAUACUAUUGUCUUUUUCAAGAAGGGCAAAUUCUACGAACUUUACGAAAAUGACGCCACAGUGGGACAUCAAGAGUUCGAUUUCAAGAUGACGGAUCGAGUCAAUAUGCGCAUGGUGGGAGUGCCCGAGAGCUCGCUUGAUUACUGGGUGAACCAGUUUAUCGCAAAGCAGUACAAGGUCGCUCGUGUUGAUCAGAUGGAGACCAACUUGGGCAAGGAGAUGCGUGAGCGACAAGACAAGAGCAAAAAGGCCGACAAGAUCAUCACUCGUGAGCUUGCAUGCAUCCUCACAGCCGGUACUCUCGUCGAUGGCGGUAUGCUGCAAGACGACAUGGCCUCUUACUGCGUGGCUAUCAAGGAAUCCGUCGUGGAUGAUCUUCCUGCCUUCGGUAUUGCCUUUGCAGACACUGCGACUGGUCGUUUCUACCUUUCCAGCUUCGUGGAUGAUGUCGAUUUGACCAAGUUCGAAACCUUGAUUGCUCAGACCGGUCCAAGAGAACUACUCAUCGAGAAGUCACAUCUGUCCACCAAGGCAUUGCGCAUUCUCAAGAACAAUACCAGCCCCACCACCAUCUGGACACAUCUCAAGCCAGGUACCGAGUUCUGGGAUGCGGAUACAACCCGCCGUGAACUUAACACUGCAAACUACUUCAAGACUGAUGAUGCCGACGAAGAGGUCUGGCCCGAAGCUCUCCAAGGACUUCGCGAUGACGAUGUCAUCAUGUCAGCGACGGGAGCCUUGAUCUCUUAUCUCCGCUUCCUGAAGGUUGAGGGACCUUUGCUUUCGCAGGGCAACUUCGAACUUUACAACCCUAUUCAGAAGAAUGGAACUCUUAUCUUGGAUGGACAGACUCUCAUCAAUCUUGAGGUCUUCUCCAACUCCGUUAAUGGCGGUUCCGAAGGUACGCUGUUCAGUCUUCUUAACAAGUGUGUCACGCCCUUCGGAAAGCGUCUUUUCCGAUCAUGGGUUGCUCACCCGCUUUGCAACAUCGAUCGUAUCAACGAGCGUCUUGAUGCUGUUGAGAUGCUCAACGCCGAUCAGACCGUCCGUGAACAAUUCGCUUCACAGCUCGUCAAGAUGCCUGAUUUGGAGCGACUCAUCUCACGCAUCCACGCCGGCGCUUGUAAACCCGAGGAUUUUGUCAAGGUUCUAGAAGGCUUUGAGCAGAUUGAGUACACCAUGGGUCUUUUGGGAUCCUACAAAGGCGGCAAUGGCCUUGUCGACCGUCUUAUCUCAUCUAUGCCAGACCUCGAUGAGCCUUUGAGCUAUUGGAGGACAGCUUUUGACCGAAACAAGGCUCGCGACGAGAAAAUCCUCAUUCCUGAACGCGGUAUCGAAGACGACUUUGACCAGAGUUCGGACCGCAUUGACGAGAUCAAGCAACAACUUGAGGACCUUUUAGCGGAGAAGAAGAAGGAGUUCAAGUGCAAGCUUCUCAAGUUUACACAUGUAGGCAAAGAGAUCUACCAGCUGGAGGCACCCAAGAGCGUCAAGGUCCCCUCCAGUUUCCGUCAAAUGUCCGCUACAAAGGAUGUCAAGCGAUACUACUUUCCCGACCUGUCUCAACUUGUGCGAGAACUCCAGGAGGCCGAGGAGACUCAUUCUCAACUCGUAAGAGAAGUUGCCUCUCGGUUCUUCCAAAAGUUCGAUGUUGACUAUGAUACCUGGCUAUCCGCCAUCAAGAUUAUCUCGCAGCUGGAUUGUUUGGUAAGCUUGGCCAAGGCAUCGGCUUCCUUGGGCCAGCCCAGCUGCCGCCCUCAGUUUGUGGAUGAAGAGCGCAGCACUGUCGACUUCCAAGAGCUUCGACACCCUUGCAUGAUGCACAAUGUUGAUGAUUUCAUUCCCAAUGACAUCAAGCUUGGUGGUGACCAGGCCAAGAUCAACCUAUUGACAGGAGCCAACGCUGCUGGCAAGUCUACAGUCCUUCGCAUGUCUUGUGUCGCUGUCAUCAUGGCUCAGAUUGGCUGCUAUGUCCCUGCCACUUUCGCUCGUCUGACCCCUGUCGAUCGAAUCAUGUCUCGUCUUGGAGCCAACGACAACAUCUUUGCUGCUCAGUCUACCUUCUUUGUUGAACUGUCUGAGACUAAGAAGAUCUUGUCUGAAGCUACUCCCAGGUCGCUGGUCAUUUUGGAUGAACUUGGUCGCGGCACUAGCUCCUACGAUGGUGUCGCAGUCGCCCAAGCUGUUCUCCACCACGUUGCUACUCACAUCGGCUGUGUCGGCUACUUUGCUACCCACUACCACUCACUCGCGACAGAGUUUGAGAACCACCCUGAGAUUCGAGCGCGCAGGAUGCAGAUCCAUGUUGACGAAGACGAGCGACGCGUCACCUUCAUGUACAAGCUUGAGGACGGUGUUGCUGAGGGUAGUUUCGGUAUGCAUUGCGCUGCCAUGUGCGGCAUCUCAUCGCGCGUGAUUGACCGCGCUGAGGUAGCUGCCAAGGAGUGGGAACACACCAGCCGACUAAAGGACAGUUUGGAGAAGGCCAAGACAGGGUGUUAUAUCCCGCUGGGUAUCCUCAGCGACGUGGGCGCACUACUUGGUGACAAGGGAGGAAUGGGUGACGACGGAGUCGACGUUCUUCUCAAUGCGAUAGAAGCAUUAUAA